AAACUGUCAACGGAAAUUUGUUGAAAUGCUUGAAAUGACGCCAACAGCAUACGAGAAGGUGCGAUUUGGUUGGACCGUCGCGUAAACAGUACAGAAAAAGGUUGCGAUAGCGGAAAAAGUGAGAUAAAUCAGUCGUUCGUGCAUCCAAGUGUACAUAGUUUGUGAAGUGAAGUGACACCGAAAGGAUCCAGCAACCUGCUCGUGCGUACGUACACUGUUUGAAGCUGUGAUCGUUGAGGAGAUCUUCCCUCUGAUCGGUGGAGACAAGCUAGCACAAAACCCACACCACAAGAUGACUGCCGAUUCACGGAAAAUUCGCGUUGCGGUACGAGUUCGUCCGUUCAACGAGCGGGAAAUGGAACACAAUCCCCGUAACAUCAUUAAGGUGCUCGACAAAUCGACUCUGAUGUUUGAUCCGGACGAAGAUGAAGAUGAGUUCUUUUUCCACGGCGUGAAACAAACGCACCGCGACAUCACGAAGCGCGUCAAGAAGAAGCUCACCAUGGAGUACGACGAUGUGUUCGACAAUACGGCCACAAACAACGAUAUCUUCGAGGUGUGCAUGAAACCGCUCGUCCAGUCGGUCAUGAACGGGGAAAACUGUUCGGUGUUUGUGUACGGUGCGACAGGCGCCGGGAAAACGCACACCAUGCUGGGGAACCCCGACUGUCCGGGCAUAACGUUCCUGACCAUGAAGGAACUGUUCCGGCAGAUCGAAUCGCUUAGCGAGGUGCGCAAGUUUGACAUUGGCAUCUCGUACCUGGAGGUGUACAACGAGCUGGUGAUGAAUUUGCUUACCAAAAGUGGACCGCUCAAGCUGCGCGAAGAUUCGAACGGUGUGGUGGUGAGCGGGUUGGUGCUGAAGCAAAUUCACAACGCCGCCGAACUGCUGGACCUGCUGGCACUGGGCAACCGUAAUCGGACGCAACAUCCGACCGACGCGAACGCGGAAAGCAGCCGUAGCCAUGCGAUUUUUCAGGUGCACAUUCGAAUGGUGGAGAAAAAGACGGGACAGAAGCGUACGGUGAAGCUGUCCAUGAUCGAUCUGGCGGGAAGUGAGCGGGCCGCCAGCACCAAGGGUCUGGGGAUUCGUUUCAAGGAAGGUGCGAACAUUAACAAAUCUCUGCUAGCGCUCGGAAACUGUAUCAACAAGCUGGCGGAUGGGCUAAAGCACAUCCCGUACCGUGAUUCCAACCUGACGCGCAUUCUGAAGGAUAGCUUGGGUGGUAACUGCCAAACGGUAAUGAUUGCCAAUAUAUCGCCCUCCUCCCAAACGUAUGACGACACGUACAACACGCUCAAGUAUGCGUCGCGAGCGAAGAAGAUCCGCACGAUCGUGCGGCAGAAUAUUGUGCCGUCGAACGUGCCGAAGGAGUUCCUGGUCAAGAAGGUGAACGAGCAGGCUGAGGAGAUCGAGCGGCUGAAGGCGAAGGUGGCCGAUCUGGAGGAACAGCUUCGCAAGAAGGGUCAAGCUGCUGCUGCCGAAACAUCAACAUCACCGGCGCUCAACGAAACGUUACUAAACACGUGGAUUUCGCGUAUCGACAGCUGCUACGCCAGCAUGCGCGAAGCCUUGGAGCACUUUAUCGCGCUGAAGAGCAAGGAAAAGUUGAUCAACAUGCGCGUGAAGCUGAAGGAACAGGCGGAACACAUUGCCCGGGUUGUGACACUCGACGGAAGCCAUCUGAACGAGGACAUUGCCAAACUGGAAGCGUCUAUCGAUCGUUGUGGCAAGCAGGUUGCCAACCAACAGGCCGAUACAUCACGCUGGAAGGAGCGGCUUCGGCAUGCCCGUCGCAAUCGGAAUGCACUCCGGCAAGAGGUGCUGCAGUGUGAGCUGGCGCCAGUGCUGAAGGGAUAUGUUAGCGGAAAGGAGGCAGAAAUUGAGGCGGUCACCGCAACGCUCUGGAAGGAUCACGUGCUGCAGAUGUCGUUCACGUACGACCAGGAAAACAAGCUGUGGCAAAACAUUAUGAUGCUGAGCGGCGAUAUUAUACAGCAGAACUACCUGCUGCUCCGGAGCAUGGAUCGCUUGGACAAUUUAACGUUGGACAAGCUGAAGCGCCUGGUGAAGCUGAACCAACGGCAGCGCGGAGUAACGUUCCUUGACGACGACUGUCAGCAGGAUUAUCGCAACGGCAUUGAUCUCAGUAGCAACAGCUUGGACGACAUUGCCAACCUGUCCGAUUGUUCCGAAGACGCGAUCGAUUUCCCGCCAGACAAUGCUGUUGCAUCCUCAACCUUGACAAGUGUCGAGGGUGGUUCCAGCAAACGAGCAAAACUGAACGAUGGCAGUGAGUCGGACACGGAACCAUACUCGACGGUGCAGGAAAGUGAACCGGAAGCUGGUGUUGAGCGGAAUGUGUUCAAAAAGCCGAAAACAGUCGGACGAACGAUUUCGUUCAAAGCAACGACUGCUGGCGGUAUAAGCGCACGACCCACACUGUCCCGCCGGACACCGACAAAGCAGCAGCAGACCAGAUCGGCAGCGGCAGCAACGGCAGCAGUAAUCACGCAUGCCUCACAACGGCUGAAAGUGCCUCGGCUGGUGGUGAGCAACACUUUCGGUGGAAUGAAUGCGCCCGUAGGGAAGAAGAUGGCGAUGCCGCGUGGCGCCGGUGGUCAGGAUGAGAACAAAUCGGACACCUCGGAUGAAUCGAACGGGAUCGGUAAUAUUGCAAAUUCCACCUUUGAUAUUGCCUCCGCGAAAGAUUCUGAGACGGAAUCAUUGUUUUCCAAUGUGCUCGUAGAAUCGAAUGUUGACCCCCACGUGCUGGACAAAGUGCUUCGCCGUGCUUCGAUGAAGGGUGGCAAGAUGACCCUUUCCGUUAAUAAGGAAAACCGCAAAAAGAGCCCCAAACGGAUAGGAAAGAGUCCGCGCUCGGUCAACCGAACGAACAAUCGAACAAAUGCUUCCGCCAGCUCCGUCAUCAAUCGAUACCGUAUGAUGAAGGCGAAGGACACGGCAGGAUCGUCGAGUGGUGGCAGUAGCAGCGCGUCCUCGAUGGCUUCAUCCAAACCACUGCCGUCGGCCAUGCGAACAGCCAACAACAACUUCGAAUCGGACGGUGACCGCAAUCGGCAUAAUCGGUUGAUGGGCAUUAUAAAGAAAUAGACGGCAACAAGGCUCCGGAAAGCAGAGUGUAAUGCGCUAGGGAGAGAUAGAGAGAGGGACCGAUUUUUAUUUAUGGAGUUUAUUCUAUUUACGGCUUAUAUUGCACGCGUACACGAUGCAUGCACGUGCGAUUCUCAACUGUUAUAUAUUUUGUACUAAUUCUUAGCUAAAGCGGGCGAACGGAGGACUGCCCCCGGGGGCCAGAAGAGUGGUUGGAUGUUGUAUAUCGUCGUCGGGCGUAGGACGUUGAACGUUUUCAGAGCUCGGCUCGUGUUUGUAAUAAGAAUAAAAGACACCCAUACCAGCAGUCUCCAAGCAUAUGUACUUUUAAGGCAA